AUGUCCUUUGUGUUCCGCCCUCUCGCCCGAGCGGCAUCCCGAGCCCACUCUGCCAAGCGCUUCGCAUCCACCUCGGCGACUUCGGCAGCUCCGACGGCAUCUCGCGGCCGGCUCGGAGCAGCUGUUGUGACAGGUGCAGCCCUCACGCUACUGGCGUAUGGGGCACUGCAAUCCAACCGCGCAGAGGCCGAGGCUGGCGCCGUGAGGUUCCCCGCCAGCAGCGGCAAGCUCACCGGCGAGCGGAUCGUGAGCCUCGGCGAGCUCGAGAAGCACACGCAUACCGGUAGCCUGUGGGUCGUGAUUGACAGCAAGGUGUACGAUGUCACCAACUUUGCAAAGGAGCAUCCCGGUGGAUCCAAGGUGCUGCUCGAGUGGGCAGGUAAGGAUGUGUCCAAGCUCUUUUGGAUGAUCCACCCCGGCACCACACUCGAAAAGCACGAGUAUGACACAGUCGUGUUCGUCGGCAAGCUUGACGACGAUGCCGUGGAAAAGUUCGCCAUGACCAAGUCGGACGAGGACAGGGAUAUUGAGAAGGCAAAGGCAGCUCUGUUUGGGGUUGACUCUGUUGCGUCCAUCAGCGACUUUGAGCGAUACGCCAAGGACUGCCUGUCUCUCGUGGCGUGGGCAUACUUCAGCACCGGCGCCGACUCGGAGGACUCGUUGUCAGAGAAUGCAGCUGCGUACACGCGUGUCUUCUUCCGACCCAGGAUUAUGCGCAACGUCCAGGGUGUGGACGCCAGCACCGAGAUACUGGGCUACAAGUCCAGUAUCCCCGUGUACGUCUCGCCAACGGCACGCAAUGGCUGGGGCAACCCCGAGGGUGAGGUGGCCGUCGCAAAGGGUGCCGGUGCUGGCGGUAUCCUCCAGGUCCUAUCACACUAUGCGAGCAGGUCGCUCGAGGAGGUCAAGGCGGCUGCGCGGGAGGGACAGGAGAUCGGCUGGCAGCUGUACCUCUCCCCCGACCGCGAGAAGAGCGCUCAGGCCGUCCGCGACGCCGUCGCUGCGGGUGCACACUCGAUCUGGAUCACCGCCGAUACGACCAUUCUCGGCAAACGCGAGGUCGAACGCAGGAUGUUGGCGGAAGCCACGCCUACUCCCAACGGCAAGCCUUUGACGCGUACCCCGGUUGUCUACUCGAACCACGAGCUCAACAUGAGCUGGGAUGACAUCAACUGGGUCAAGAAGCUUGCACCCGGUCUUCCCGUUGUGAUUAAGGGUGUCGGUGCUUGGGAGGACGUCGAGGAAGCGUACAAGGCCGGCGCCGACGCCGUUGUGCUCUCCAACCACGGUGGUCGUCAGCUCAACUUUGCCGAAGCACCACUCAAAACCCUGGCCGACGUGAACAAGUUUGCACCCCAGGUCUUGGGUCAGGAGCGGUUCAGCAUCUUUGUCGACGGCGGUAUCCGUCACGGCACGGACGUGCUUAAAGCUGUCUGCCUCGGUGCGCGUGGCGUUGGUCUUGGCCGUCCGUUCAUCUACGCGGCGACGGGCUGGGGCGCCGAGGGUGUUGAAAAGGCCAUUAUGAUCCUGAGGGAGGAGAUUGAGAUCGGCAUGGCUCUCCUGGGUGUCACCAAACUGGAUCAACUUGGGCCGCAGUAUGUCGACACCUCCAAGUUGUAG